AUGGUCUCGCGUGUGCAAAAUAGCAAGAACAAGGGCCUAGCGGACGUGGAAGUGGACGUGGACGUGGAAGUGGACGUGGAAGUGGACGUGGUCGUGGUCGUGGACAUGGACGUGGACGUGGACGUGGACGUGGACAUGGACGUGGACGUGGACGUGGACGUGGACGUGGACGUGGUCAUGGAAGUGGUCAUGGAUGUGGACAUGGACGUGGUCAUGGAUGUGGACAUGGACGUGGUCGACGUGGACGUGGACAUGGUCGUGGACGUGGACGUGGACGUGGACGAGGACGUGGACGUGGACAUGGUCGUGGACGUGGACGUGGACGUGGACAUGGUCGUGAACGUGGACGUGGACGUGGACGUGGACAUGGACGUGGACGUGGACAUGGUCCUAGACGUGGAUGUGGACAUAGACGUGGAUGUGGACGUGGACGUGGACGUGGACAUGGUCGUGGACGUGGACGUGGACGUGGACGUGGACAUGGACGUGGUCGUGGACGUGGAGGACUUGGAUGUGGACGUGGUCGUGGACGUGGACAUGGACGUGGACGUGGACGUGGACGUGGACGUGGACGUGGACGUGGAUAUGGACGUGGACAUGGACGUGGACAUCGAUGUGGACGUGGAAAUGGACGUGGACGUCGACAGGGACGUGGACGUGGACGUGAACGUCGACAUGGACGUGGACGUGGAGGUGGACGUGGACGUGGACGUGGAGGUGGACGUGGACAUGGACGUGGACGUGGACGUGGACGUGGUCGUGGACGUCGACGUGGACAUGGUCGUGGACGUGGACGUGGACGUGGACAUUGUCGUGGACGUCGACGUGGACGUGGACGUGGACGUGGUCGUGGACGUGGACGUGGACGUGGUCGUGGACGUCGACGUGGACAUGGUCGUGGAGGUGGACGUGGACGUGGACAUUGUCGUGGACGUCGACGUGGACGUGGACGUGGACGUGGUCGUGGACGUAGACGUGGACGUGGACGUGGACGUGGACGUGGACAUGGACGUGGACGUGGACGUGGACGUGGACAUGGACGUGGACGUGGACGUGGACAUGGACGUGAACGUGGACGUGGACGUGGACAUGGACAUUGACGUGGACAUGGACGUGGACGUCGACGUGGACGUGGAGAUGGACGUGGACGUGGACGUGGACGUGGACAUAGACGUGGACGUGGACGUGGACGUGGUCGUGGACGUGGACGUGGACGUGGACAUGGACGUGGACGUGGACGUGGAUGUGGUCGUGGACGUGGAUGUGGUCGUGGACGUGGACGUGGACGUGGACGUGGACGUCGACGUCGACGUGGACAUGGACGUGGACGUGGACAUGGACGUGGACGUGGACGUAGACAUGGACGUGGACGUGGAGGUGGAGGACUUGGACGUGGACAUGGACGUGGACAUGGACGUGGACGUGGACAUGGACGUGGACGUGGACGUGGACGUGGAGGUGGACGUGGACGUGGACGUGGACGUAGACGUGGACGUGGACGUGGACGUGGAAAUGGACGUGGACGUGGACGUGGACGUGGACAUGGACGUGGACGUGGACGUGGAGGACAUGGACGUGGACAUGGACGUGGACGUAGACGUGGACGUGGACGUGGACAUGGACAUGGACGUGGACGUGGACGUGGACGUGGACAUGGACGUGGAGAUGGACGUGGACGUGGACGUGGACGUGGACGUGGACGUGGAAAUGGGCGUGGAGGACUUGGACGUGGACAUGGACGUGGACGUGGACAUGGACGUGGACGUGGAGGACUUGGACGUGGACGUGGACGUGGACGUGGACAUGGACGUGGACGUGGACGCUGACGUGGACGUGGACGUGGACGUGGUCGUGGACGUGGACGCGGACGUGGACGACUUGAACGUGGACGUGGACGUGGACCUGGAGAUGGACGUGGACGUGGACGUGGACGUGGACAUGGACGUGGACGUCGACGUGGACGUGGACGUGGACGUGGACAUGGACAUGGACGUGGACGUGGACGUGGUAGUGGACGUGGACGUGGACAUGGACGUGGACGUGGACGUGGACGUGGACGUAGACAUGGACGUGGAAGUGGACGUGGACGUCGACGUCGACGUGGACAUGGACGUGGACGUGGACGUGGACAUGGACGUGGUCGUGGACAUAGACGUGGACGUGGACGUGGACGUGGACAUGGUCGUGGACGUGGACCUGGACGUGGACGUGGACAUGGACGUGGACAUGGUCGUGGACGUGGACGUGGACGUGGACGUGGACAUGGACGUGGACGUGGACGUGGACGUGGACGUGGUCAUGGUCGUGGACGUGGACGUGGAAGUGGACGUGGUCAUGGUCGUGGUCGUGGACAUGGACGUGGACGUGGACGUGGACGUGGACGUGGACGUGGACAUGGACGUGGACGUGGUCGUGGACGUGGUCAUGGACGUGGUCAUGGAUGUGGACAUGGACGUGGUCGUGGACGUGGACGUGGAGGUGGAGGUGGACGUGGACGUGGACGUGGACAUGGACGUGGACGUGGACAUGGACGAGGACGUGGACGUGGACAUGGUCGUGGACGUGGACAUGGACGUGGACAUGGUCGUGAACGUGGACGUGGACGUGGACAUGGACAUGGACGUGGACGUGGACAUGGUCCUAGACGUGGAUGUGGACGUAGACGUGGAUGUGGACGUGGACGUGGACGUGGACGUGGACGUGGACAUGGUCGUGGACGUGGACGUGGACGUGGACAUGGAGGUGGACGUGGACGUGGACGUGGACAUGGACGUGGUCGUGGACGUGGACGUGGACAUGGACGUGGACGUGGACGUGGAGGACAUGGACGUGGACAUGGACGUGGACGUAGACGUGGACGUGGACGUGGACAUGGACAUGGACAUGGACGUGGACGUGGACGUGGACGUGGACAUGGACGUGGAGAUGGACGUGGACGUGGACGUGGACGUGGACGUGGACAUGGACGUGGACGUGGAGGACUUGGACGUGGACAUGGACGUGGACGUGGACAUGGACGUGGACGUGGACGCUGACGUGGACGUGGACGUGGACGUGGUCGUGGACGUGGACGUGGACGUGGACGUGGACGUUGAGGUGGACGUGGACGUUGUUGUGGACGUGGACAUGGACGUGGUCGUGGACGUGGAGGACUUGGAUGUGGACGUGGACGUGGACGUGGACAUGGACGUGGUCGUGGACGUGGACGUAGACGUGGACGUGGACCUCGACGUGGACGUGGACGUGGACGUGGACAUGGACGUGGACGUGGACGUGGACGUGGAUAUGGACGUGGACAUGGACGUGGACAUGGACGUGGACGUGGACAGGGACGAGGACGUGGACGUGGACGUCGACAUGGACGUGGACGUGGAGGUGGACGUGGACGUGGACGUGGACGUGGACGUGGACAUAGACAUGGACGUGGACGUGGACGUGGACGUGGACGUGGACAUGGUCGUGGACGUGGACGUGGACGUCGUCGUGGACGUCGACGUGGACGUGGACGUGGACGUGGUCGUGGACGUGGACGUGGACGUGGACGUCGACGUGGACAUGGACGUGGACGUGGACGUGGACGUGGACGUGGACGUGGACAUGGACGUGGACGUGGACGUGGACGUGGACGUGGACGUGGACGUGGACGUGGUCGUGGACGUGGACGUGGACGUGUACGUGGACGUGGACGUGGACGUGGACGUGGUCGUGGACGUGGAUUUGGACGUGGACGUGGACGUGGACGUGGAGGACUUGAACGUGGAGGACUUGGACGUGGACAUGGACGUGGACGUGGACGUGGACGUGGACGUGGACAUGGACGUGGACGUGGACGUGGAUGUGGACGUGGACGUGGACAACGUGGACGUAGACGUGGACGUGGACGUGGACGUGGACAUGGACGUGGACGUGGACGUGGACAUGGACAUGGACGUGGACGUGGACGUGGACGUGGACGUGGACGUGGACGUGGACAUGGACGUGGACGUGGACGUGGACGUGGACGUGGACGUCGACGUGGACGUGGACGUGGACGUGGACGUGGACAUGGACGUGGACGUGGAAGUGGACGUGGACGUGGACGUGGACAUGGACGUGGACGUGGACGUGGACGUGGACAUGGACGUGGAAGUGGACGUGGACGUGGACGUGGACGUGGACAUGGACGUGGACGUGGACGUGGACGUGGACGUGGACAUGGACGUGGUCGUGGACAUGGACGUGGACGUGGACGUGGACGUGAACAUGGUCGUGGACGUGGACCUGGACGUGGACGUGGACGUGGACAUGGACGUGGACAUGGUCGUGGACGUGGACGUGGACGUGGACGUGGACAUGGUCGUGGACGUGGACGUGGACGUGGACGUGGUCAUGGUCGUGGACGUGGACGUGGAAGUGGACGUGGUCAUGGUCGUGGUCGUGGACAUGGACGUGGACGUGGACGUGGACGUGGACGUGGUCGUGGACGUGGACAUGGACGUGGACGUGGACGUGGACGUGGACGUGGUCAUGGUCGUGGACGUGGACGUGGAAGUGGACGUGGUCAUGGUCGUGGUCGUGGACAUGGACGUGGACGUGGACGUGGACGUGGACGUGGACGUGGACAUGGACGUGGACGUGGUCGUGGACGUGGUCAUGGACGUGGUCAUGGAUGUGGACAUGGACGUGGUCGUGGACGUGGACGUGGAGGUGGAGGUGGACGUGGACGUGGACGUGGACAUGGACGUGGACGUGGACGUGGUCGAGGACGUGGACGUGGACAUGGUCGUGGACGUGGACGUGGACGUGGACAUGGUCGUGAACGUGGACGUGGACGUGGACGUGGACGUGGACAUGGACGUGGACGUGGACAUGGUCCUAGACGUGGACGUGGACGUAGACGUGGAUGUGGACGUGGACUUGGACGUGGACGUGGACAUGGGCGUGGACGUGGACGUGGACGUGGACAUGGAGGUGGACGUGGACGUGGACGUGGACGUGGAAGACGUGGACGUUGACGUGGACGUGGACAUGGACGUAGUCGUGGACGUGGAGGACUUGGAUGUGGACGUGUACGUGGACGUGGACAUGGACGUGGUCGUGGACGUGGACGUAGACGUGGACGUGGACCUGGACGUGGUCGUGGACGUGGACGUAGACGUGGACGUGGACCUGGACGUGGACGUGGACGUGGACGUGGACGUGGACAUGGACGUGGACAUGGACGUGGACGUGGACAGGGACGUGGACGUGGACGUGGACAUGGACGUGGAUGUGGAGGUGGACGUGGACGUGGACGUGGACGUGGACAUGGACAUGGACGUGGACGUGGACGUGGACGUGGACGUGGUCGUGGACGUGGACAUGGACAUGGUCGUGGACGUGGACGUGGACGUGGACAUUGUCGUGGACGUGGACGUGGACGUGGUCGUGGACGUGGACGUGGACGUGGAUGUGGACGUCGACGUGGACAUGGACGUUGACGUGGACGUGGACGUGGACGUGGACAUGGACGUGGACGUGGACGUGGACAUGGACGUGGACGUGGACGUGGACGUGGACAUGGACAUGGACGUGGACAUUAACGUGGACGUGGACGUGGACGUGGACAUGGACGUGGACGUGGACGUGGACGUGGACGUGGUCGUGGAUGUGGACGUGGACGUGGACGUGGACGUGGACGUAGACGUGGUCGUGGACGUGGACAUGGACGUGGACGUGGACGUGGACGUGGAGGACUUGAACGUGGAGGACUUGGACGUGGACAUGGACGUGGACGUGGACGUGGACGUGGACGUGGACAUGGAGGUGGACGUGGACGUGGACGUGGAUGUGGACGUGGACGUGGACGUGGACGUAGACGUGGACGUGGACGUGGACGUGGACAUGGACGUGGACGUGGACGUGGACAUGGACGUGGACGUGGACGUGGAGGACAUGGACGUGAACAUGGACGUAGACGUAGACGUGGACGUGGACGUGGACGUGGACAUGGACAUGGACGUGGACGUGGACGUGGACGUGGACAUGGACGUGGAGAUGGACGUGGACGUGGACGUGGACGUGGACGUGGACAUGGACGUGGAGGACUUGGACGUGGACAUGGACGUGGACGUGGACAUGGACGUGGACGUGGAUGCGGACAUGGCUGUGGACGUGGACGUGGUCGUGGACGUGGACGUGGACGUGGACGUGGACUGGACGUGGUCGUGGACGUCGACGUGGACGUGGACGUGGACGUGGACGCGGACGUGGACGUGGACGUGGUCGUGGACGUGGACGUGGACGUGGUCGUGGACGCGGUCGUGGACGUGGACGUGGUCGUGGACGUGGACGUGGACGUGGACGUGGACGUGGUCGUGGACGUGGACGUGGACGUGGACGUGGACCUGGACGUGGUCUUGGACGUGGACGUGGACGUGGACAUGGACAUGGACGUGGACGUGGACGUGGACAUGGACUGGACGUGGACGUGGACGUGGAUGUCGACGUCGACGUGGACAUGGACGUGGACAUGGAGGACUUGAACGUGGACAUGGACGUGGACGUGGACUAAACGUGGACGUGGACGUGGACAUGGACGUGGACGUGGACGUGGACUUGGACCUGGACGUGGACGUGGACGUGGAGGACUUGGACGUGGACAUGGACGUGGACGUGGACUAA